GAAAUUUUGUUCAAUAGCUACUCUAGAAACAGACUACCUUGAUUUCCUAAUCACCAUUUCAAUCUUGCCAACUAUUUGGUGGAUGUUAGUGUGAAUUAAGUGUUAUAUUAUGACGUUUCCGGCUCCCAAGCGAAGAUAGGAACUUCUCUAAGUUCUCAGUAGAUUCAGUUCUAUUCCUAAAAACCACGCUUCAGGUUUUCUCCAUAAAAAAGAAUAAAUGAAAUAAUAAAUGUUUCAAAAGAAUCAUCAAUUCAAAGAAGAAUACGUGGUAAUCAUUUCGGUCCAUAACAGCAGUCGUUCUCAAUAUACUCGCAAGUAACUCCCUUUCGCAUUCAUUCUCGAUAAUUUAAGGGUCAUUUGCAAUAAAAAGAUGGAAUGACUAACACCCAAACAAGCCAUAACCACUGCACACGAUAUUUCAAUUGAGGCCGGCCUUUCGAAUUUUGCAGCCCUUGCGAAGGAUACUCGAACUUCAAAUCUUGACCCCUCAUCUUCAGAUACCGAUGCAGAGAAGACCAAAGUUGAGAAUAAGGAUGAGGAAGAUGGAAAUGGUAAAUUUGAAAGAAUUCACCGCCAACCACCAAGAGAUACCAAUGUUAUCUUUGAUGGGGGCUCUGACGCCAAUGACGAACCCGUAUCCGAAUCCGAAUUUGAAUCCGAUUUCAUGGUACGAGCAGGUGACAAAGGCGAAGAAAAGAGUAAAUUUCGGAAAUCGUUGAAGGAAAGUAGAUCCACCAUUGCACCUGAAUUUGAGUCUGAAUCUCGACCUCAAUCUAGUUUUAUCAGCUUUAGCACAGGGAUUGAGAGCCAGUCUUCAGCAGCAGGAAACAGUGAUCUUGAUAAAAUCGAAGAUCCGUAUCAAGAAGACAGCGAAGAUUCAUCCUCUCUUCUGCUCACACCUACAUCUAUAGCCGAGUUCGUUACAGAAUCUGACUCCCAAUCGAUACACCAGAUUUCAGCCAAGACAGAAAUUGAUCACGGUACCACAUCUGGCAAGGGGACAGAUGCAAACCACGAAGCCGAGACUGCAUCUCAAGCAGCUGCACAUUUAGAUUCAUUGGAUCCUAUGAACCCAUCUGUCGAGCAAGACGAUGCAACACGCAAUGCCAGCAUACGAGCCACUAUAAAUGGACUCCAAAAUUCCACUAUCACAGUGUGUUUCCACAUUUUUCUUUCUACUGUGUUCCUCUCCAUACUCAUAUUCUUUGGGCUUCUCCUUCCUCAAAAUUGCCGGGCUUCUUUGCUUGGUCACCCUUCGACAAUAACGUUGCUAAGCACCAUCUCACUCUUGCUUUUCUGAGAGAUGUUUGUCAUAUUUGAUAUUGGAAUAAUAGGCGAUGUGGGACUUAAUGACA